GUUCGUAAUCUGAAACAGUUGACAAAGUUCGGUUUCAGAUUUGAAGGGUCUAGAGUUUGUGGUUCGAACAGGGCGUUUGGGCAGUUCUACUUGUUAUGACUUGCCUAAGUAAAUCCGGUGUUAUUAUAGCUGUAGAAAUGAAAGGAGAGAUGUAGUAGCGGCGAAGAUGGUAAACAGCAGAGUGUAUUCUCACAUGAAAAGCUCAUCACCAGCGUCAGCAUCAGCUAGAUUCCUCUCAAGAAGACCUUCUCCUUCUUCCGUUACUCUUUACAUAAUCAUUCUUUUUGCAUUUUCACUCUUUAUUUUUCUUUUUAACACAAGAGACAUACUGGAAAAUGAGCCCAUACCUCACUUCUCUCAAGAUUCUCAUUCUCAAACUCAACCUAAUUCUCCGUCUCAAAAUCAAUCCAAAUCUCAUUCUCACUCUGAUCAGAUGCCUGUUGAACAACUGCAGAAUACUCCUCUCAAUUAUGGUUUACACCCUUGUGUCAAUCCUACACUCAAAUUUAAAGUUGCUCAAGGAUGGGAUCGCUACAUGACUGUAAGAAGCAAUGGAGGACUAAACCAAAUGCGCACUGGUAUUGCAGACAUGGUGGCUGUUGCGCACAUCAUGAAUGCAACAUUAGUCAUUCCCCAACUGGAUAAACGUUCAUUCUGGCAAGACUCAAGUACUUUUCCAGAUAUAUUUGAUGAGCUUCAUUUCAUUACGAGCUUACAAAAUGAUGUAAGAAUUGUUAAGGAGCUACCCAAAGAACUAGAGUCUCUUCCUCGGGCCAGGAAACACUUCACUUCCUGGUCAGGCAUGGGUUAUUAUGAAGAGAUGACACGAUUAUGGAAGGAAUUUCAGGUAAUUCAUGUUCCAAAAUCAGAUUCACGCCUUUCAAACAAUGAUUUGCCUCUUGAUAUCCAGAGGUUAAGAUGCCGAGCUCUAUAUCAUGCUCUUCGCUUCUCUCCUCCAAUUGAGAGCCUGGGAAAGACGUUGGUGGGGCGGCUGAGAUCACGUGGUGGAAGAUACAUUGCUCUUCAUCUAAGAUAUGAGAAGGAUAUGCUUUCUUUCACUGGAUGCAAUUAUGGUCUGACAGAGGCUGAAUCUGAGGAGCUACGACUAAUGAGGGAGAGUACAAACCAUUGGAAGGUUAAAAAGAUAAACUCAACUGAACAGAGAGAGGCAGGAUUUUGUCCUUUAACUCCAAAGGAGGUGGGAAUAUUUCUUCAGGCUCUUGGUUAUUCUCCAUCAAUGAUAAUUUACAUUGCAGCUGGGGAAAUUUAUGGCGGUGAAUCUCACCUUUUAGAGCUUAUGGCUCGGUUCCCAAAUACAGUUUUCAAGGAAACAUUAGCAACACCAGAGGAGUUAAAGGCAUUUGCUAAGCAUGCAUCUCAGACAGCAGCACUUGAUUAUAUUAUUUCUGUAGAGAGUGAUGUGUUCGUUCCAUCACACUCAGGUAAUAUGGCCAGAGCAGUCGAGGGCCACCGGAGAUUCUUAGGGCAUCGCAAGACAAUUACUCCAGAGAGAAGAGGACUUGUUAAACUUUUUGAUAAGCUAGAAAGUGGACAGAUGAAAGAAGGGCCGACAUUUUCAAACAUUGUUCAGGAGAUGCAUAAGAACAGGCAAGGAGCUCCAAGGAAAAGAAAAGGUCCACUGCCAGGAAUAAAAGGUCGGGCACGUUUAAGGACUGAAGAAUCAUUUUAUGAGAAUCCAUAUCCUGAAUGUAUUUGUAGAUCAAAAAAGGGUAGUCUGUAAUAAAAUUGAGAAGGCCAGCUUGCAUUCCGCCCAAUUUUCAGAGGCGAAGAAGGAUGCUUUGUGCAGGGGGAUCGAAAUUAACACAAGGGCUUGAUAAUUACCAAGUCAAAAUUGGCUGAGCCUGACCAGUAGUCAGUUCUUAGAUUAUCUAAAUUGUUAGGAUGGUGAAGCCGCCAACAGGUGGAUGGCCCUGCAUUUAGUUGUUUUUUUGGACUGUCACUCUUCUUCUGAAGAAGAUUGGAAAAGGGGAAAAAAUUAUGUAGCACCUUGUCGACUUUCUUGUAUAGUAUUAUAUCUUUUUGUAUUCCACAAUAUUAAAUUUAUAUGGAUUACCAGAGGAUGUUAUCCUACAACUUAUGAA